AUCUCUCUUACGAUUACCACAGCAUCCUGUUCACCAGUAGCACGAUGACGGACAACCUGUAUCACCUAGAAGAAUGCGUAAAGGCGGCGGAACAAUGCGUACAAACGCAAGACCGAGCCAUAUCUCAGCUCGCAACAGGGAUCCGAGAUUUGCCUCGUUUAACGGCGAUUCUGCACAACGAACGGCAUUUCCUACUCCUCCCCGAGCCCCUUCUUAGACAAUACAAGGGAGAGCUCGCCGAAGAUCUUUCUCCGCAGAUUGACACUCUCAUCGACCGGGCGGAAAAGGCUAUAUCUAGGCAUGAGAAACGAGCGGGAGAUCUACGACAGACUCUUGAAUUGGUGAAGAACUCAUCGCUCGAUCCAGCCACUCUCCCCUCAAGCACCAACUCGACUUCUACCAUCGCCCAAUCGAAGCCCAACAGCUCGGCUCGAAAUCCAGGCAAGAUUCCUUUCGACAUGAAACAAUUGGACGCGGCUCAGAAACGCAGAUUCAUCAUGCUCAAGGGCAAGAAAGAUCGGCUGGAGAGGGAGUUGAGCAAGCUGAGUUAGCGAGUUAUAGGUGGGGGCUGGAUACCUUGAGUCUUGGUUGGGGGAGGGGAACCAAAAGCGCACGCAUUGAUUCUCCGAGAAUCGAGUUGUAAGAUUUAGCGGUUGU